GAUGGUAGUUAGACUAUUGGUGAGUUGCCAAGGAAGAGAGCCACCCGAACUUAAAAAUAAGACCAUCAUCCCCUUCGAAUCUGCUGGGAGCUUUCCACCAAAACGAGCACUUGUUUUUGGAUCUGGGCGCCGGCCGCAGCGUGUCUUCUCGACAGUCCCCAUCCCCCACGUCAUCGACCCGAAAUGGUACACUCAGCAGCUCCCGCCUUCAUCCAGCCCGUUUCGGCCCUCUUCGACGCUCUCGCCACUCCCAUCCAUCCAACCUUCUUCCCCGUCGGAUGCUUUCCCCUCCUUCAUGCCUUCCGGAUCAGUGUCGCUUAUCGCACCUUGAACACUCGAGCCGGCGGAAAAACUAGCGCGGCCGCUGACUUGGCCGGCUUCUUGUUGAUGGCUUGGGGCGGCUCGAUUAUCUCGCACAUCUUGUUGAAUUUGCCGAUCCCACAACUGCUUUCAUUCAGUCCAUUUUUGGUCUAUGCGACGACCCACAUGAGUCUACCCGAUCUCGGGAGCUUACCGAGUCUGAAGACGCUCGACAGCCUGUUCCCUCUGGUGGAUGGGCUGCUUCGAACGGCCUCGAUCGCAGCGGGGGUCGAGGCGUGUCGAAACCAUGGCUCCCCAGCGAUCAGAGAAUCGCUCUCGAUCCAACUCUUCAUCGGAGCCGUGGCCUCCUCGGGCGGCGGUAUAUCCGCUCAAACGCUCAGUGUAUGGGAACCUUCCUGGCGCUUGAACCGGCCGUUGUUUUUGCAAGAAGGAACACUGCUGGCUGGCACUGAUGUUUGGUCGGGUGCCUUGGUGGCUGCAAUCUACGGUUGUCUGUCAGCUAGUCAUCCUCAUUAUUCAAGUUUGAUUGGUUUGCUCUAUUCAUCCUCUUUCACCAAUUCUCCUAUCCUCUCACCAACCGACGCCAAGGCAACGGCUGCCUCGAUCCUUACCCUGAUCUAUUGUUGGAGAGUCUAUCAUGUACACUAUUCCAAAUCAUCUGUUGUAGGCACCAAGAAAGCUGGCCAAAAGUCCAAAUCAAAAAAUCAAUGAUUAUCUGUGCUUAAUUCUCCCUUGUCGAAGAUUGCGCCAGGCCAUUGAUAUGCUAUCUCGUCUUCAAAAGCAGCAUUACAACCUUACGCUUUG